GAAACCAAUGAUGUUCUGGCAUCAGACUCUGCAGAGAAGAUGGAGCUGGAAUACGUCCUGGUGUCUGGACCAGAUGGAGAAUAAAAGAAAAGACAACAGAGAAGACGGCUCUCAGACAUGAGCAGCCCUGAUGGUGGAUACGCCAGUGACGACCAGCUCCAGGGAAAGUGCUCAGUGCCAGUCAUGAUGCCAGGUCUGGGCCAGUGCCAGUGGACACCAGACACCAUGAAUUCUUCUAUGGGGGAAACCAAAAGCAAGUGUGAAACUUCCAAUCCCAGGAGUAAAUCCGAAGCCCGAAUCCGCCGUCCUAUGAAUGCAUUUAUGGUGUGGGCUAAAGACGAGCGCAAGAGACUGGCCCAGCAGAACCCAGAUCUACACAAUGCUGAGCUCAGUAAGAUGCUAGGGAAAUCCUGGAAAUCUCUCACGUUGCCCGAGAAGCGACCCUUUGUGGAGGAAGCUGAGAGACUACGAGUACAACACAUGCAGGAUCAUCCCAACUAUAAGUACAGACCCAGGAGGAGAAAGCAGGUGAAGAGGAUGAAGAGGGCAGACAGUGGCUUCAUGCACAUGUCAGAGCAGGCUGAUCCCACCAUACUGGGCACUGAUGGCAGGAUGUGUGUGGACAACUUCAACCUUGGGUAUCCAGAGCAGUCCUACCACCCCGGCCAACUAUCCCAGGGUGGUCAUCACUUCAGAGAGUCUCAAGUCAUGGGUGCCCACUAUGAAAGCUACAGCUUGCCUACACCUGAAACGUCACCUCUGGAUAUACCCGAGUCUGAGCAUACAUUCUUCACAUCUCCUGUCCAAGAAGAUUGCCCUAUGAUUCCCUAUGGUUACAAUGCAGCAUAUGCGUCUCACCAGCAGAGUCCUGCCACUACCAUGCUUGGUAGGCAUGUUCCACAGACUGAACAAAUCGGACAAGGAAGCCCUGUACAAAGUAUGAUGGGAUGCCAGACCCCUCCACAUAUGUACUACAGCCAAAUGUACAUGCCCAAUGCCGCUAGACAUCACCCAGUCCCACAAGUUAGUCAACCCUCUCCUCCACCAGAGUCCCAACAGAUCGCUAGAGUAGACCAAGUGCAGCAGAAUGAAAUGAUAAGUGAGGUGGACAGGACUGAAUUUGAGCAAUAUCUUAGUUAUAUGGCUAAGUCAGAUGUAGGGAUGCAUUACCUAGCACAGGAGCAGACUGCAGAGAACGGCCUCAUAUCCUCCGUAUUGUCAGAUGCCAGCACUGCUGUCUACUACUGUAGUUACUCCAACGUAUGAGAGACUGUUUCCUGCUACUCUGCAUUUCCUGUGGUGUUCUCAGCAAGGAUUUCCAGCUCUUGGGAAUCAACUUUAUUACUUCAAGUCGUUUCAGACUUACAAAAUGUAUGGGAAGAAACUAAAAUAAUGUAAGUACUGACUAAUUUAUGUAAAUUAUUACAUAUGAACUAAUAGGACUUCCCCCGGACUAUGCGACUUACAAGACCUAGUCACAUUUUAUCUCUAGUCUUCAUUGAAUGCAAUGCAACUUCUUAUGUGUACAUGUACACGACCACUUUGUAUACUUAUGAUUUUUUUUUCAGAAAACAAAAAUAACUUUUUAUAGUGAUUUUAUUUUGCACUUUUUUUCAAAUAAAGAGUCAAUAUG